AUGAGUGACUUACUCGAAAUAGGGGAAAAACAGAAAAGUUUUCUGACGAUAGUAUGUCAUGCUCCAAUUCGUCUGCUACGUUUACAAUACGAACGAAUUGAAGAUAUUCUUGUAAAAGAAUUGAAAAUCGUUGAAGAUGAAUUAAACGAUGAAUUACAUCAGCUAGAAUCAAUUCGCGAUACAACCGAUCUAUUACGUCGACAUGAACAACAUUUUCAAAAUGCAACGUUUCAUCCAACCAUCGAGUCACAUUUUCAACAUCUACAUACGUAUGCCAAUGAUAUAAAACAAAAAGAUACAUCAAAUGAUCAGAUUGAAAAAAAAACAACUAAUUUGACUUCAUAUUGGAUGAAUAUGCAAAAUAAAAUUGAUACUGUAAAACGAAAAUUGUUGACCAUACCAAAAAAAUGGCAAGAAUAUGACGAAAAAUUUCAACUUGUAGAAACAUGGAUGACCAACACUGAUCGUUUAAUGGCCGACACUCGUUCGACGGAAGUCCCAUUCGAUCAAUAUAAAACUAUUGCAACAAAAUUUAAAAGUGCUGUACAACAAAUUGAACAAAUUAGUCGAGAUGUUAAUUCAUUAAAAACUAUUUUAAAUGAAUUAAUUGAAGAACGUGCUACAGAUGAUCCAACACGAUAUCGUCAACGUUUAGAUCAAUUAUUAACACGCUAUAAACAAUUAUUGCCACAAAUUGAAGAACAAUCCGAACGUUGUUCAAUCAUUAUACCAUCAAAAAUGAUUCAUGAAAAUGCUCUUGCAUUAAUAUCGACAAUAAAUGCCGCAUUAAAUGCGCCUCUACAUUUUCGUGAUUUAAAUGAUGUACGAUCAACUGUUCAAGGACAACGCAAAGUAGUUGAAUAUAUUAAUGGUUUUCAUCAACAAGUCAAUGAAUUAUUGGCACGUGGUACUGAGUUAAUAAGAAAUACUAUGACACCAAAAUAUGUUCAACAAGAUAUGCAACAAGUACAAAUGAUAUUUAAUGAUCGAUUACAAACUGCACAAGAUUUAUCGGCAAAGUUAAAACGAAUACUCGAAAUAUGGGAACAAUUCGAUUCAAAUAAACGUCGAUAUCAACAACUCAUUGACAGAUUAAAUAAUGAUUUAACACAAUUAAUUUCUAACAGAAAUGCCAUUACAUCAUUUCAACGUGAAAUUGAUGGAUGCAAGAAUUUAAGACAUUCUUAUGAGGAAUUAUGUCCUAUUCUUGAUGAUUGUACAAAAUUACUUCAGAUAGUAUCAAAUAAUUUAUUACCGUAUGAAAAUGUUCAAUUAUUAAAAUCUGAACAUGAUGGCAUGCAUGAUCAAUUGAUGAAUAGUCUCAAAAUAAUUGAUGACUACUUAACAGAUUUAAUUAAUGAUAAUGAUAAAUGGACGAAUUUUAAUACAGAAUUAAAACGUUUAGAAACAUUAUUUCAUGAAAUAGAAACAAUGUUUGAUACAAAUAUGUUCGGAGAACGACCACUUGAAGAUAAACAAAAUAUACUUGAACGUAUAAGAGAAGAAUUAGGAGAACAUUUACAUGCAUUAUCGAUAUUACAAUCUGAUUCACAAAAUUUGGAUUUAUUACAAUCAAAACCAAAAGAUUUAAAACAUGCCAUCACUCGUUUGAAUCAAUUGCGUACACUAGCUGAAACAACAUCAGCUAAAGUUCAUCGUGAAGAAGAAGUUGUGGCUGAAUGUCGUACACAUGUUCAAUUAUGUACACGUUAUUUAUCUCAAAUUCAACCAUGGAUUGAACAAGCCGAACACUAUUUAGCAAAACGAAUCGAUAAUUUUGGUGCAGCAGAUUUAAGUGAAGCAAAACAAUUGUUUGAUAAACACAAAGAAUUUAUGGAAGAGAAACGUCGCUAUUUACCGAUAUAUAAUCAUUUAAUUGCUGAAGAACAAGAGAUACACGAUCAAUUUGAUUUGAAAUUAUCGAUUAAAAAUUGUCAAACACGUUGGUUGGAUAUUGUUAAAAAAUCGGAUGAUUUAAUAACAAAAUAUGAAAAACAGUAUAGUUCAUGGUUGUUAUUCGAAUCAGAAUUAAAUUCAUUUCGUGAUCAAACACUAAAAGAUCUCGAACAGCGUGCACGAAAUUUAUUUUCGAAUGAUAUGAAUAAAAUAUUUGAUAUUAAUAAAAUGACAUCAGUUUUAAAUGAACUAAAGAUUUUAGAUGAUGAUAUUCGACAUCAAACAGCGAAUUACAAUCGUUUACAUAAACAAUUAGUUGAAUUACGACAAUAUAGUUCUACUGAAGGACAACGUUCAAUACACGAAGAACAAAUAUCGAUUGAAACAAAAUGGAAUCAAUUAAAUAGACAAGUUUCAGAAAAACUGCGUGAAACUGAACGAUUAUUUGAAUCUCGAAAAGCAUUUCACAAUCGUUUUGAAAUAUUUGAACGUAGUGUACGUGAUAUAGCCGAACAAAUAGAAUCUAACGGUCAAAUUCAAACAGCAUCAUAUAUAAUGACAUUAAAACGAUUACAACAAACUCAAAAACAAUUACAAACAGUUCAACCAUUAUUAGUUACUGUUGGACAUGAAUUAGCCGAUUUAGAAGCAGCUGGUCUUCCAAGAACCGAAUUACAAACAAUCCAUAAUACAUUUGAGUCACAUCGACAACGAUUACACACGUAUAAUGAUAUAGUACAAAAACGAGUGGAUUUAUUAAAACGAUUUGAAGAACAUUCGAAACGUUGUGAAGAAAUUCGAACGAAAUUAAAUCAUAUUAAUGAUGAAUUAAACAAUAAUCAUAUAAUUAAAGUGAAUGAAUUUGACAUAAUACGUGCCAGUUUUGAUCGUAUUACUGUUGAUUUAAGAGUAAUACAAUCAGAAAGUAGUUUGUUAGAUAAAUUAAUGGAAGAAAGUAAUACAACAAUAAAUGACUCAACAACAAAUCGCUCAGUAUUUUUCACUGUCGAUAGUAGAAGUAUACAAAAUAUGCUUGAUUCAAUUGAAAAUAAGCUUGGUCAACGUCGUACACAAGCACAAGAGUUGAAUCAAGCUGUUGAAGAUUUUACUCAAGCGCGUACAAGUCUUUUAUUACGAAUUAAUGCUUUAACCACUAAUCUUCGAUCAGCACGUCUAAAUGGGAGUAAUAUACAAGAUAUUGAAGAUUUAAUGGUUCUUAUCAAGCCUUUACAAAUUGUAAUGGAAAUGAAACUUUAUCCAUUGUGUGAAAUAUUAUUACGUAACGCAAAUAUUAUACAAGCUGAUAAUAUUGAACUAUUGAAAAAUGAAUGA